GCAGCCCGGCAGACAGAGACAGAGUGUGACAGAAGUCAGUAGCAGCAGCCGACUUUAAGCACUUCCUUAAACACCAUUCAAAACAUUCAAGUCGCGCCUUUGGGGAAACUCUUUUCGGACACAACUGUUGGCUCAAACUCGCGACAAACUUGAAGACACUUUCUACUCCGGCGAAAGAGGAGGCGGUGAGUGGUCACCAUGGCACCCUUCCUGCGCAUUACCCUCAAUGCCUAUGACCUGGGUGCCCUGCCUCCUCUCUCUGACCCUCUCCUAUGUGCCAUCAAGAUCAAGGAGUCUGUCAGCACAGAGCGAGGAAAGACCUUGAUUCAGAGGAAGCCCACCAUGUUUCCUGCAUGGAAGGACACUUUUGAUGCUCACAUAUAUGAGGGGCGUGUCCUAGAAGUGGUCCUCAUGCUGAGCACCGAGGAGCCUUUGGCCAAGGCGACCGUAGGUGUGUCCUUACUGGCAGAACGCUGUAAGAAGUCCAAAACCAGCGGACGCAUCGAGUUCUGGGUGGACCUGCAUCCUGCGGGGAAGAUUCAGAUGGCUGUGCAGUAUUUCCUGGAGGAGGCCGAUACCGUGUCGAGUAAGCCGUCGGUGAAGUCGAUUCCUGAAGACGGAGCUAUGACCCUCAACAGGAGGAGAGGAGCUUUUAAGCAGCCCAAGGUUCACUGCUACAAGAACCACGAGUUCACCGCCACCUUCUUUGGCCAGCCCACCUUCUGCUCCGUCUGCAGAGAGUUCCUCUGGGGCCUGAACAAGCAAGGUUACAAGUGUAGACAAUGCAAUGCAGCAAUCCACAAGAAAUGCAUCGAAAAAAUCAUUGGCAGGUGCACUGGAACAGCAGCCAACAGUCGGGACACUAUGUUCCAGAAAGAGCGUUUCAAGAUUGAUAUGCCUCAUCGCUUUAAGUACUACAACUACAAGAGCCCCACGUUCUGUGACCACUGUGGCAGUCUGCUGUGGGGUCUCUACAAACAGGGCCUUAAGUGUGAUGAUUGCGGCAUGAACGUACAUAGUUACUGUGAAACAAAAGUGGGCAAUCUGUGUGGAAUCAACCAGAAACUACUGGCAGAGGCUCUGUCUCAAGUCACCCAGAAAUCCAUGAAGAUCUCUACUGACCAAGAUAUUGGAAUCUACCAAGACGUCAGAAGUGCUACAGCAGAUCCUAGUGCAGGAGGCAAGGGAUUGAGCCCAACCCCAACGCCAACCCCAGCCUCUGCUACAGUGAUCCGGAAAAACCUUUCCCUCAACCAGCUGGUGUUGCACAAGGUGCUGGGAAAAGGCAGCUUUGGCAAGGUGCUGCUGGCAGAGUGGAAAGGACGCGACCAGUACUUUGCUGUGAAGGUCCUGAAGAAGGAUGUUGUUCUAAUGGACGAUGACGUGGAGUGCACCAUGGUGGAGAAGAGAGUCCUGUCCCUCGCCUGGGAGAACCCCUUCCUCACCCACCUCUACUCAACGUUCCAGUCCAAAGCGCACCUCUUCUUUGUAAUGGAGUACCUGAAUGGAGGAGACUUGAUGUUCCACAUCCAAGACAAAGGCCGCUUCGACAUCCACCGAGCUACAUUCUACGCCGCAGAGAUAGUAGUUGGCCUGCAGUUCCUCCACUCUAAGGGAAUUAUCUACCGAGAUCUGAAGCUGGACAAUGUCAUGCUGGACAAGGACGGACACAUAAAGAUAGCAGACUUUGGCAUGUGUAAAGAGAACGUGUAUGGAGAGGUCCGAGCCACCACAUUUUGUGGGACGCCAGACUACAUUGCACCAGAGAUCCUGAUGGGACAGAAGUACACAUUCUCAGUAGACUGGUGGUCUUUUGGUGUGCUGGUGUACGAGAUGCUGAUUGGUCAGUCGCCUUUCCAAGGCGAUGAUGAGGACGAGCUGUUCGAAUCCAUCAGGACGGACAUCCCUCACUACCCUCGGUGGAUCACCAAGGAGUCCAAGAGCCUGCUUGAACUGUUGUUUGAGCGAGAUCCCACUCGAAGAUUGGGUGUGGUGGGAGACAUCCGCGCACACCCGUUCUUCAAAACCAUCAACUGGCCAGAACUGGAGAAGAGACGCGUAGAUCCCCCUUUCAAACCCAAAGUGAAAUCCCCCAGCGACUGCAGCAACUUUGACCGAGAGUUCCUGAACGAGAAGCCGCGCCUCUCACAUGCUGACAAGAACCUCAUUGACUCCAUGGACCAGACAGCAUUUGCCGGCUUUUCAUUUAUCAACCCCAAACUGGAGCACAUUCUCACCAAAUGAAAACAAACAAACUAAAUGGUGUCUGUGGAAACACUGAGUAUCGGCUCAGCACUACAAUGCAGACUCUUGACCAGUUACCUUUAUCUUUUACCAAGUCUAAGCUCAACUGGGUUUGAGCUUGACUGUGACUUUUUUUCAUUUCAUCUGUCUGAGGAUGGGAUAACAUGACAAUCACAAUGUUUGGUGGUGUCUCAAGCAAUAAUAAAACUGUACAGGUGUAAAAAAAAAAAGAAGAAAAUGAGAGUAUAAAGCUUCAGGAAAGUAAGGGAGAUUUUUAAGAAACCAGUGUUAAUAUAUUCAAUGCUGGGGGGAUAUUCAGUAAAGUAUUUUAUUUCCUCUCUGCCAUUUUUCCAUGUGAUCACACUUCUCUUCCAUAAGGUUCAUUUAAUGUACUGUAUCAUGCAAUCAGAAUUCACAGACACAAGCUUGACACCUUUUUUUUUUGUUUUUUUUUUUAAACUACUAAUAUACACGCUGUCACUGCACAUGCACGUCAAAAGUUAAGUGGUACAUAGAGAAUUCACUCUCACCCUUAUGCUUUGCCUGCUUUAUGUCUCCCAGUACAUCCCAUUUGUGUGUGCACUGUGUGGUAGCACGUGCGUGGUUGCAAGUGCACACAAGUGUGUGGGUGUGUGCAUAUAUUUUAGAUGCAAAUGGUGCUACUGAAGCCAGUAAUAUUGUCUGUCGGUGAACGAAUCCUCAGCUGGUCGGGGUGUAAUAAGACAAACUAUACUAUAUGCAAAUAUAUGCUUUUUAAUUUUUUUUUCUAUUAUUACUGUAGAAAAUAAUAGUUUCUCCCUCACUCCCUGCACUAGAAAAUGGAGCUGUACCAGUGUGACAUGUUAAAAGAGAUAAUCUGAGUUUGUUGUUCUAUUUAGCAUGGGUUUUUACAUGACGGUGUCCAUCAAACUAAAACAUAGCACAAACGAUCACUCCGUACCUAACAUUUAUUUCUGAGCUCUAAUGGAUAGAGAUCUUAUGGAUAUGGAUCACUGUAAGCACACGUCUUUGAUAUGUCUUCUAUUACUUGAAUGUAGGACUUUUAACACGAAAAUAAUGAUUCUGGAAGGAAAAUGAAUAUGUAAAUUGCAUUAUCUGAGUGAUACGGCGUACUUUUUUUUUUACUGUCCUUCAUCUUUUACAGUUGAUUCUGAAUAAAUAUAAUAUAAACUGAAGUAUUAA